GGUCUCCUCCUCCUCCCUCCCUAAAUCUGCAGCGUGACUGGAAAUAGGCUAAAUUAAUCAGCAGAUUGAAGCUCCACUCUGCUGCCGCUGCCGCCCCGCUCCUCGCUCACACGCGCUCCAGCUCUCUUCUCUCUUCUCUUUCUUCACUCUUUCCCUCUCUGUCUUUCUCUGUCUCCUCUUCCUCUCGGAGAGCAGUGUUGGCAGUUCUGUGGCUGACUCGCUGUGGCUCAGGCUCUACCCCAUGCUCUUUAAACGGGCAGAGCUAUGGAUUGCCCACCAGGGCAAAGGCAGCAAAGGCGAGGCUCCCUUGGCCCUGGGCCUGUCCACCCAGAAGGCCCUCAGCAUCCUGAAGGAGCAGCUGGAGGCGGUGCUGGACGGACACCUAAAAGAACGGAAGAAAAGUCUCACAUGGAAGGAGCUGUGGAGAAGCAGCUUCCUGCACCACAGUAACCGCUGCUCCUGUUUCCACUGGCCCGGCGCCUCACUCAUGCUCCUGGCCGUGCUGCUGCUGCUGGGCUGCUACGGGGGCCAGCCGGCUGGCAGCCACGGGGUGGAGCUGGUGAACGCCUCUGCGCUCUUCCUCUUGCUGCUCCUCAACCUCGUCCUCAUUGGGCGGCAAGAUCGCCUGAAGCGCCGAGAGGUAGAACGGAGACUCCGAGGGAUCAUUGACCAAAUCCAAGAUGCCCUCAGGGAUGGCAAGGAGAUCAAGUGGCUAGAUGCCAUGUACCCAGACCUCCACAUGCCCUUUGCACCAUCCUGGUCCCUACACUGGGCCUACAGAGAUGGACAUCUCGUCAACCUGCCAGUUAGCCUGUUGGUAGAAGGAGACAUCAUAGCUCUGAGGCCUGGCCAAGAAUCGUUUGCUUCUCUGAGGGGGAUCAAGGAUGAUGAGCACAUCGUCUUGGAGCCGGGAGACCUGUUUCCACCUUUCUCUCCGCCCCCCUCCCCCCGGGGAGAAGUGAAGAAAGGGCCACAGAACCCCCAGCAGCACCGGCUGUUCCGCGUCCUCGAGACCCCUGUGAUCGACAACGUCAGGUGGUGCCUGGACAUGGCCCUGUCCCGCCCAGUCACCGCUCUGGACAACGAGAGGUUCACGGUGCAGUCAGUGAUGCUGCACUACGCGGUGCCCGUGGUCCUGGCUGGCUUCCUCAUCACCAACGCCCUGCGCUUCAUGCUGAAUGCCCCUGGUGUCAUGACCUGGCAGUACACCCUCCUCCAGCUGCAGGUGAAUGGCGUCCUGCCCAUCCUCCCCUUGCUCUUCCCUGUGCUCUGGGUCCUGGCAACUGCCUGUGGAGAAGCCCGUGUCCUGGCCCAGAUGAGCAAGGCUUCCCCCAGCUCCCUGCUGGCCAAGUUCUCGGAGGACACUCUGAGCAGCUAUACCGAAGCCGUCUCCUCUCAGGAGAUGCUGCGCUGCAUUUGGGGCCACUUCCUGCGGGUGAUCCAGGGGACGUCUCCUACGCUGAGCCACAGCUCCAGCCUGCUGCACAGCCUGGGCUCCGUCACGGUCCUGUGCUGUGUGGACAAACAGGGGAUCCUGUCAUGGCCCAACCCCAGCCCGGAGACCGUGCUGUUCUUCAGCGGAAAGGUGGAGCCCCCGCACAGCAGCCACGAGGACCUAACGGAUGACCUGUCCACGCGCUCCUUUUGCCAUCCCGAGGUGGAGGAGGAGCCCCGUGAACGAGACGCCCUCCUGGCCGGCUCCCUGAACCCUACCCUGCACCUUUCCAAUGAGCAGGAGCGCGGCAACUGGCCAGGCGAUGGCCCCAAGGCCCCCGAGCCCUCCUCUCACCACAGAGCUCACGGCCGCAGCAAACACCUGUCCGGCUCCAGCGUGAGCUUCAGCAGGGACACAGAGGGCGGUGAAGAAGACCCCGGCAAGACCCAGCACGGGCUGGAGGGCGAGACCUAUGAGGCCGAGGACUUCGUGUGUGACUACCACCUGGAGAUGCUGAGCCUGUCCCAGGACCAGCAGAAUCCCUCCUGCAUCCAGUUCGAUGACUCCAACUGGCAGCUCCACCUCACUUCCCUCAAGCCCCUGGGCCUCAACGUGCUGCUGAACCUGUGCAACGCCAGCGUCACCGAGCGGCUGUGCCGGUUCUCAGACCACCUGUGCAACAUCGCCCUGCAGGAGAGCCACAGCACCGUGCUGCCCGUGCACGUGCCCUGGGGCCUCUGCGAGCUCGCCCGCCUCAUUGGCUUCACUCCCGGGGCCAAGGAGCUCUUCAAGCAGGGGAACCACCUUGCGCUCUACCGCCUCCCCAGCGCCGAGACCAUGAAGGAGACCUCGCUGGGGAGGCUCUCCUGUGUCACCAAGCGGCGGCCCCCGCUCAGCCACAUGAUCAGCCUCUUCAUCAAGGACACCACCACCUGCACAGAACAGAUGCUGUCCCACGGCACGGCCGACGUGGUCUUGGAGGCCUGCACAGACUUCUGGGAUGGAGCCGACAUCUACCCUCUUUCGGGUUCCGACAGAAAGAAAGUGCUGGAUUUCUACCAGCGAGCCUGCCUGUCUGGUUACUGCUCUGCCUUCGCCUACAAGCCCAUGAGCUGUGCCCUGUCGUCCCAGCUCAACGGCAAGUGCAUCGAGCUGGUGCAGGCGCCCGGCCGGAGCAGCAUCUUCACCACGUGCGAGCUGCCCAGCACCGUUCCCAUCAAGCUGAGUGCCCGCCGCGGCAGCUGGAGCUCAGACGAAGGGAUCGGGGAGGUGCUGGAGAAGGAAGACUGCAUGCAGGCCCUGAGCGGGCAGAUCUUCAUGGGCAUGGUGUCCUCCCAGUACCAGGCCCGGCUGGACAUCGUGCGCCUCAUCGACGGGCUGGUCAACGCCUGCAUCCGCUUCGUCUACUUCUCUUUGGAGGAUGAGCUCAAAAGCAAGGUGUUUGCAGAAAAGAUGGGCCUGGAGACGGGCUGGAAUUGUCACAUCUCCCUCACGCCCAAUGGUGACAUGCCCGGCUCUGAGAUCCCCCCCUCCAGUCCUAGCCACACUGGAUCCCUGCACGAUGACCUGAAUCAGGUGUCCCGAGAUGAUGCGGAAGGGCUCCUCCUAAUGGAGGAGGAGGGUCACUCGGACCUCAUUAGCUUCCAGCCCACCGACAGCGACCUCCCCAGCUUCCUGGAGGACUGCAACCGGGCCAAGCUGCCCCGGGGCAUCCACCAGGUGCGGCCCCACCUGCAGAACAUCGACAAUGUGCCCCUGCUCGUGCCCCUCUUCACCGACUGCACCCCCGAGACCAUGUGUGAGAUGAUCAAGAUCAUGCAGGAAUAUGGGGAGGUGACCUGCUGCCUGGGCAGCUCUGCCAACCUGCGGAACAGCUGCCUCUUCCUCCAGAGCGAUAUCAGCAUUGCCCUGGAUCCCCUGUACCCGUCCCGCUGCUCCUGGGAGACCUUUGGCUACGCCACCAGCACCAGCAUGGCCCAGGCCUCGGACGGCCUUUCUCCUCUGCAGCUCUCGGGGCAGCUCAACAGCCUGCCCUGCUCCCUGACCUUCCGCCAGGAGGAGACCAUCAGCGUCAUCCGGCUCAUCGAGCAGGCUCGGCACGCCACCUACGGCAUUCGCAAGUGCUUCCUCUUCCUGCUGCAGUGCCAGCUGACUCUCGUGGUCAUCCAGUUCCUCUCUUGCCUCGUCCAGCUGCCGCCAAUCCUGAGCACCACCGAUAUCCUGUGGCUGUCCUGCUUUUGCUACCCUCUGCUCAGCAUCUCUUUGCUGGGGAAGCCCCCCCAUAGCUCCAUCAUGUCUAUGGCAACGGGGAAAAACCUUCAGUCCAUUCCUAAGAAGACCCAGCACUACUUCCUGCUCUGCUUCUUGCUCAAGUUCAGCCUCACCAUCAGCUCGUGCCUCAUCUGCUUUGGCUUCACACUGCAGAGCUUCUGCGACAGCUCCCGGGUCCGUAACCUCACCAACUGCUCCUCCAUCAUGCUGCCCAGCCACGCCGACACGGCUCCAGCCUGGUUUGACGACUUCGCCAACGGGCUGCUGCCGGCUCAGAAGCUCGCCGCCGCCCUGACCGUCCUGCACACUGUCUUCAUCUCCAUCACCCACGUGCAUCGCACCAAGCCCCUGUGGAGAAAGAGCCCCUUGACAAACCUCUGGUGGGCGGUGACCGUGCCCGUGGUGUUGCUGGGGCAGGUGGUCCAGACAGCCGCGGACCUGCAGCUGUGGACACACAGGGACAGCCACGUCCACUUUGGCCUGGAGGACGUGCCUCUGCUGACGUGGCUCCUGGGCUGCCUCUCCCUGGUCCUCGUGGUGGUCACCAACGAGAUCGUGAAGCUGCACGAGAUUCGGGUCCGGGUCCGCUACCAGAAGCGACAGAAACUGCAGUUUGAAACUAAGCUGGGCAUGAACUCUCCCUUCUGAGCCACUGGCCGUGGUGGUCAUAGUUGCUCUGGAUCGUAGGGCUAAAGCCAGACCCAUUUCUGAGUCUGGGGAGUUGAUAUCAUGAAUGUUUCAGGGUUUGCUCUUGUGCCCUAUGGCGUUGGAGGCCCAACUCCCGGUGUCAGACCCAGCUGUCGUCCUGCCCCCCCGGGGAAUUACUGAAGAGAUGCUGAGCUGUGGCCUUGGUGUCAGGACAGUCUGGCUCUUCCUCACCAGGGGGAGCACCCCUGGACUCUUGAAUGUAUGACCUCGUGCGCUUAAAAGAGGGGCCCUCAGCCCCCUCCACCUGUGGGCCGCCCCCCUUCAGGGUCACCGAAUGCAGCGCCCUCUGCUCUUGGGUUUUCAGGCAGAGCUAUGAGCCAUGGGGCUGAGCUUCCACCUUUUGUGGGAGAGCAGCCGUGGGAGGUCCGAACAGCUCUCUAGGCCACUGUUGAAGGCAGGGGUGGUGGUUUAUCCUCCCUGUGCCCCUCUCAUCCUGUAUUCCUGGGGCAGGGGCCUGGAUUUGGCCCUGAGUACUUUCCCUCCCUUCCUCUGUGGUCAGGGGGGAGCCUCACACAGAAACCUGAAGAUGCAACAGAGCCCCCGCCUGGCCCUGGAACCUCCUCCUGUGCCUGCCCUCAAGCUGGCGGAGAGAGCCAGUCCUGGGGUACAGCCCAGGGCUCCUUUCAGCCCCGGCCCUAGUUAUCCUGUGAGAAUGUUUUCACUGGUGUAUUAUUAUUUUUUACUGGAAAUGAGCCUUUUAGGAAUGAAUACAGACUGGUUUGUAUUAAAACUGAUAAAUUCCUGAAGAAAAACCUGUGGCUGGUCCAUGAGGCAGCCACUAACGGACCUACCCAGGGCUUCGGCCAGUGACGGAGCCCCUCCGCAAAGGUGAGGAGGGGAGGGCCCAAGCCUUCCUCCUUGCGCGUCAGUGGGAGCGCUCGGGUCCGGCUCAGGUGCGACCCCUGGCUCAGAGGUCCGUGGCGCAGAUCCAAACACAGAGCCCGAUCACGUGGAAUGACACUUUCAUUGGUGUUAGUUGGGGGAAGAGGUUAAUGGUUACAGAGCCGGGGCCUGGGCCAACCAGGUCAGGCUUCCAGCCCCAAGGCGGGCAGUGGGUGCUCUUGCUGUGGUCCGAAGCCCCUCCCCCACUGCGUCCUCUCAGGCAGUUAUAGAUAGAAUAAAUUCCAUUUAAAAUAUA